UAAUAAAAAAAAGGGGGUAAGUGGGGGGAUGGCCGUGUCUUGAAGCAUCAUCGUGCAUCAGUGCAUGCAUUUUGUGCCUCCUCCUCCUCCUCCUCCUCUCUCUCAAUCUCACUAUAUUUUCCGGUUGCUUCGCAUCCACACGUCUUCUCCGUCCAAACUUUCCGAUUCCGAUCAAAAAUCCAGCUCUAAGUCCUGUCAAAUUUUCCGAAUUGAAAUUGAGGAUGGCUUCGAGGACUUGCAUGAAUGUGUCGUGCGGAACAUCCUCCUCGACCGAGUGGAGGAAAGGUUGGGCUCUGCGAUCUGGCGAUUUUGCAACUCUCUGCGAUAAGUGCGGGUCUGCUUACGAGCAGUCAAUUUUCUGUGAUGUGUUCCACUUAAAAGACUCUGGUUGGAGGGAGUGCACCUCAUGUGGCAAGCAUCUUCAUUGUGGAUGCAUUGCUUCCAAGUUUCUGAUGGAGCUUCAUGACAGUGGGGGGGUGAGCUGCAUAAGCUGCGCAAAAGUUUUAGGACUUCAUACUACUGGUACUGGUGAAAAGCUGAAUGGACUUAGCACAUCACAAGUUCAAAAUUCUGGUGAAUUACAAUCAUUUUUAGUGGAAGAUGGUAAUGCUGAUAGAAUGAGGUUUAUCCAGCCGGGAAACAAGACAGAGGUAAAUGAGCUUAGGCAAUCACUUCUAUCUCAAAGCAAUAACAAAAAUGGAUCCUUAGUUCAAAUGAAACGCGAGGAAAAUUUCCCUCCAGCGAAAGAUGUUGGGUAUCUCUGUUCCUUGGAAUUCAAUCAGGUGACGAAUGGGUUGGAUGAAGCUACUAAACAGGAAAUCUGCAAAGCAGACAGUGGAACAAAAUUUACUUAUGAUUCACUUGCUCUGGGUUGUGGUAACUCGAAUCCUCUUCCUGGUGUUUCUAUUGAUGACAAAGAGGAUAGCAAGUCAUCCUCUCCUUUGCUUCUAGGUUCUAGAUCUCGUCAUCUUAUUCCAAAGCCUGCACGUUCAGUAUUUAACAUAGGUUUAGAGCCAAAUGCUAGCAUGGUUUCACAAGUACGUGUUGCGAGGCCACCUGCUGAAGGGAGGGGACGGAAUCAGUUGCUUCCUCGUUACUGGCCCAGGAUUACGGACCAAGAACUGCAGCAGAUAUCUGGAGCUUCAAAUUCCACUGUUGUGCCAUUGUUUGAAAAGAUGCUCAGUGCCAGUGAUGCUGGUCGGAUAGGCCGAUUGGUUGUCCCAAAAGCAUGUGCUGAAGCAUAUUUCCCUCCAAUCUCUCAGCCAGAGGGACUUCCUAUAAGAAUUCAAGAUGUCAAAGGAAAAGAAUGGGUGUUUCAAUUCAGGUUUUGGCCCAAUAAUAACAGUAGAAUGUAUGUUUUGGAAGGUGUAACUCCCUGCAUACAGUCCAUGCAGCUACAAGCUGGAGAUACUGUGACAUUUAGCCGCAUGGAUCCUGAAGGCAAACUUAUUAUGGGAUUUCGCAAAGCAUCAAGCUCUUCUAUAAUGCAGGAUACUCAUCCAACUGCCCUUUCUACUGGUGGUCAUUCGAGUGAAUUUUUUUCAAGUUUUUUUGAAAACCUUCCUAUUUUAAGUGGCCAUUCUAGCCUUCUCCAGUCCUUGAAGGGCAACAUGGAUCCCCAGCUCAAUUUAUUGCCUGGGUACUUCAAUCAACCUGGUGCUGAUAUGAGCUGGCAAAAGGCUGAGAAGCAUGAUGAUAAUUCAAGAGAGGGCUUGCUCCUGUCUUCAAUGCUGGUACCAGAGAGAAAAAGAACUCGAAAUAUUGGGUCUAAAAGUAAAAGGCUGCUCAUUGAUUGUCAAGAUGCUCUGGAGUUGAAACUCACUUGGGAAGAGGUGCAGGAUUUGCUUCGUCCACCUCCAACUGUCAAACCGAGCAAGUUCAUGGUUGAGGAUCAUGAAUUUGAAGAAUAUGAAGAACCUCCAGUUUUUGGGAAGAGGAGCAUUUUUGUGGUUCGUUCAACUUGGGGACAAGAGCAAUGGGCACAGUGUGAUGAUUGCUCUAAAUGGCGACGAUUGCCAGUUGAUGUACUUCUGCCGUCCAAGUGGACAUGCGUGGAAAAUAUUUGGGAUCAAAGCAGGAGUUCAUGUUCUACACCCGAAGAAUUGACAACAAGGGAACUGGAAAAUCUUCUCAGAUUGAAUAAGGAAUUCAAGAGGCAGAGAACGUUGGCUUUCAAUAGGCCAAUCCAGGAUCAUGAAUCCUCCGGUCUGGAUGCUCUGGCGAAUGCUGCAACUUUAGGAGAUAAUGUCAGUGACCCAGGUGCUGCAUCAGUUGCAACUACAACGAAACAUCCGAGGCAUCGUCCUGGUUGCUCAUGCAUUGUGUGCAUCCAACCUCCCAGUGGAAAGGGAAAGCACAAACCGACAUGCACGUGCAAUGUUUGUAUGACAGUUAAACGUAGAUUUAAAACUCUAAUGAUGCGCAAAAAGAAGCGGCAAUCAGAGCGUGAAGCUGAAAUUGCACAGAAGAAUCAGCUUAAGUGGGGCUCUAAAGAUGAAACGGAGUUGGACAAUACCUCGAGACAUGUAUCUCUGAACCUCGGUCCCUCUGAAAAUGAAACCCAACUGACAAAUGAUUCUAGGAGCCAAAGUAAUUUGGUCGAAACUGGCAAGGACCAAUUAGAUUUGAAUUGCCAUCCUGACCAAGAAAAUGAAAUAAAAGGGGUGUCAAACCGAGUGAGCAUGAUGAGUCUUGUUCAAAUUGCAAGCCUGCCAUUGGAGACUUACUUGAAGCAGAAUGGUCUUACAAGUUUGUUAUCAGAGCCACAGGUAAGUUCGGCAUCACAUGUGCCAGCGCAAGGUGCAAACGAGGUUGAAGGAGCUCUCAACGAUGAUGGGUGUUUUGCUUCUACCGCUCAAGAUCAGGAAAGUGAGGAAGAAGAAAAUCGCGAAAAGGAUCAAAGUUGAAAUUCAAACCCAAUAGUCCGAUCCGUGGUUCUUGUUUAUUAUUAUUAUUAUUAUUAAAUACUAAAAUCUAAAAAUGUAGGUUAUUUAAUUUCAGUGUAAAUAGCAAAAUGUUUGAGGUUUGUUUUUUCUGCUGGCAAACUGUACAUAACUUUCUUCUGGUUGAUACUGAUAGUGCAGAUUUUUUCCCGCUGUCUGAAUAGAAUGUUUAUCUUAAUCCUUA